ACAGACGUGGCCGCAAACGGAAGCACCGUUUACUGGCCUCCUGUGUCCGGCAGCAGUAGCGAUGACGCAGUGCCCAGUACAAGCCGUGCUGGCAUGGAGGAAGCAUCAUCCAGUUCGGAAAACGACGGAAGACGUCAGUACUCCAGAGGCGCAGCAUCGGGCAUGACUGAAGAAAGAAACAGCGGACACACGCCUCCUGCUUUUACAAGCUUCGGCGACGAGGCAAUCCCGAGUACAAGCCGUGAAGGCGCCGCGGGUUCUUCAUCCAAUUUGGACAAUUACACUAGAAUUCCUCAUGGUACCUGGGGUGGCCACCGGAACACGCAGCACUUCCCGGCCAACGUCAGAUCCGCCACCUACGGGCAUACAGACAUGGCCGAAAACAGAACCACCAGUUACCGGCCUCCUGUGUCCAGCAGCGGCGGCGAUGAUGCAGUGCCCAGUACAAGCCGCGCUGGCAUGGAGGAAGCAUCAACCGGUUUGGAAUAUGACUGGAG